CUCAGUGAGUUGAAGGGACUCAAGAACAAGAAAAAAAAUGGAAGCUUGUUUUCUUUCCUCAAAUUCAUUCACAAAAUCAAUGGAGAUUGUGAUCCCAUCAAUCAAAUCAAGAAUCUUUGUGCAACAACCCAAGAAGAAGAGAUCAUCUUCUCAGUUUCAGAUUAGGAAAGCUACCAUUCACUCUCCUGCAACAUGUUGUCAAUCUCAAUCAAAUUCACCAUCACCCUCAUCCCGAGACGAGGAAAAUCCGUCUAUCGAUGCCGAUUGGCGGUUAUUCAGAGCAAGACUCGUAGCCGGAGAACAAGCGUUACCAUCCCAAGAAUCUUCUCCAACCACCGAUCCCGAUACCGUACCGAACCAACCACCAUCUAUCUCAAUAGGUGACAAAUGGGCUCAUGCCAUCCAUGAGCCCGAAAAAGGUUGCUUACUCAUAGCAACCGAGAAACUAGAUGGGGUCCACAUCUUCGAAAGGACAGUGGUCCUUCUCUUGUCCACAGGCCCAGUGGGCCCCACCGGCAUCAUUCUCAACCGCCCAUCUCUCAUGUCGAUCAAGGAGAUGCGGUCAACAACGACACUAGACGUUUCCGGAACGUUCUCCGACCGGCCGCUGUUCUUCGGCGGGCCCCUCGAAGAAGGGUUGUUUUUGGUGGGUGGUGGGGAUGGGGUAAGGAAAAGUGGGGUUUUUGAAGAGGUAAUGAAAGGGUUGUUUUAUGGGACCAAAGAAAGUGUAGGGUGUGCAAGUGAGAUGGUCAAGAGGAAUGUGGUUGGGUUGGGUGAGUUUAGGUUUUUUGAUGGAUAUUGUGGGUGGGAAAAGGAACAAUUGAGAGAUGAGAUAAAAGGUGGUUAUUGGGCUGUGGCUGCUUGUAGCCCAAAUGUUAUUGGGCUGGAUAAUGUGGGACGUGUUGGGCUUUGGGAAGAGGUUAUUGGGCUAAUGGGCCAGAAGAAAGUUUGGUAACUUAUGCCUCAGUUGUGAUUAGUGAUGGUCAAAAUCCGGUCCCGAUUUCGGUCCUGGGCAGGGUCGGGCCGGUUUGGCCAUCACUGGUUGUGAACUUGUGAUUGAUCAAGAAGGAAAUCCAAAAGGAACUCGAAACCCGAUUUGUUUUCUUUUGAAUUAUAUAUGUAAAUUAUAACGGAUUUGAAUUAUUAAUUUUGAGACCCGUCAUAAAAUAUAAGUUAUCGUGUUUUAUUGUCGGUUUAUUGUGUAACCACUGUAAGAUCAUAACUCGUUGUAACU